AGAUACUGCUGUUUUGAUUGACAUAAUCAGAGCACGAUUUGAGUGCCGAACGCAAAUCAAAUUUCAUCGAUUGCGUCAUCGUUUUCAAAUGGUUGCGGUUACAGUGCGUCCGCACGUACCCAGAUUUGUUGCGCUUUUAAACGUUUCCACUCUGGAGAACUCUUUUUAAAGUCAGUCUUAUCGGAUGCGCUCUGCGUUUUGUUGGAUACAGGAUACGUGUGGAUGCUAAACGUACCUGCAACUAAAUGUUCGGGGAUACAAACGAAACCAGAUACGUGUUGACGAGGUCCAUGAUACAACCGCACGUAGCCGACGUCUUGGCUGUACAUUAAAUUAACGUGUUGACGUCAAAAACCUGUCACGUCGAUUUUCAGUGUUCUAAUGAAAAAACUAUUUAACUUUCGGUGCCGUUAUAUAUGCUUGCACGUCUCGUUAUUCGCAUAAAGUUCACAUGAGUUCAACUGAAAACAUUUCGGCCUACCGCGCUCAUAGAGGAAGAGGAUGGAGGGAGCUCACAAACAGGAACAGCGUAAUUCACCACAAGGAUGGGCACGUUUUGCUGAAGAAGAUGAGGAAAAGGAAGCAAUUCAAAUAAAUAGACGUCAGAUAAUAUUUCAAGCCAUCACUGAUUUUGUUUGUUCUGAGGGCUUCAACAAAUUCUUAAAGUUCAUCUUCAUCUUGCUUUGCAUACCUCAUGUGAUUUCGACUGUUUUCUUCUCCAUAUUCGACGCGUGGUGCAAUUUAUAUGAGCAAGCCUCUGUUACCAAUUGUUCCCAACCUUUCUUCGUGCCGCAUCCCAGACAAUGGAUCUCAGCUUGGCUCGUGAUGUCAAUCAUAUCUCCUGGUCUGUUCAUAUCCAUCAUCUACACGGAUUGGCGGACGUUCAACUUCCAACGGAAUGCGUUCAGAAAGAUCUACAGAAAGGGAUCGUUUUGUUCAUUGAUGUUUUUACUCGCAGCGUCACUCAUAUAUUACUUCGUUCGGUUGGUUCCCUCAAAGGAAGAUACAACCAGCAAGUUCAUAUCAACCUUGAUGUUCCUUUGGAGUCCAGUUAACGCCCUCAUAAUCUGUUUUAUCAAUUAUGUACCCCGUGUACGGUGGCAGAAAACAAAGAAAACACAAGAGCCCUCCGAGUGGCUAGGAUGCUUCUGUAACAAUUGCGAUUUUUUCGUCUACUGGUGUGCGAUUUUGGUGUAUUUUUUUGAAUUGAUUUGCAAGAAUGCAGCUAUUAUGCUGAACGUGGCCCAAAGUUUCGACCCGUUUCUUCAAAAGAAUUAUCAGUCCCACUUGUUAAGCCCCUAUUGGGGGCUGAUUGUGAUAAUAAUUGGCUUUGAUCUUGCGUUCCAUGCACGUUUGCUCACCUUCUAUUGGGAAAAGAUUUUCUACGGAAAUAGAGAUCUGUUCGCAGAACCUGGUGGCGAUAUGGUGUUUGACGUGAAAGACUCGACAGAUAUAAAAUUACAACAGUUGGUGCAUGAAGAGAGAGAACACUGCGUUUAAUAUCAAAGUUUAUAUUAUUAUUAGUUUGGUUAUUAAUUUUUUCGUAGUUUAAUUUAAUUUAUCAUGAUCCUAUUUGAUUUGCAUGAGAUGUGAUUGAAUUAGUGAUUAGGUGUUAGUGUAAUCAGAGAACAAGAGAAUAUCGAGUUCAU